AUGUAUAUUGCUUGUGAGAGGAGUGACCAAUAUAGAGCGACAAAGAAGUUAAAACAUGAUGGCAACAAUACAUCAAGAAUAAUCGGUACGAAUAAGUGUGGUUGUCCUUUUGAUACGAGGGCUCACAGGUUUACCACACAUGAUGAAUGGACAUUGACCGUAGUAUGCGGAUUGCAUAAUCAUCCACCUGCGGAGCACCUUGAGGGACAUUCAUAUGCGGGGAGGCUAUCAAAGAACGAGAAAGCAUUGUUAAUGGAUAUGUCAAAGAGCAUGGUUCGACCAAAAGAAAUCCUAGUAACCUUGAAACAGCGAGAUGCCCUCAAUGUAAGCAUACUUAAAACCAUUUACAAUGUACGCUAUCGAAACAGGGUGGUACAGAGAGCUGGAAGAUCACAGAUGCAACACUUAUUAGGUGAAUUGGCCAAGUAUAAUUACAUUGAGCGCCAUCGAUAUCGUCUUCCUCUUCUUGAAAUUGUGGGAGUGACAUCAACUAAAAUGACAUUCUCUGUAGCUUUCGCAUACUUACAGUAUGAGAGGGUCGAUAACUAUGCGUGGGUGUUAACUAUAUUGCGUGAUGUCAUGGAUGGUUUUGUUGUGCCAACAAUUAUUGUUACUGACAGAGAGCUAGCCUUGAUUAACUCCAUACAGAAGAUAUUCCUAAGUGGCAGACAUUUAUUAUGUCGUUGGCAUAUCAGUAAGAAUGUAUUGACCAAAUGCAAGAAAAUAUUUGAGACACAGCAAAAAUGGGAGAAGUUCAACCAUGAGUGGAACUCUUUAGUGUAUUCAUCUUUUGAAAUUCAAUGCAAUGAGCGUCUUAAAUCUUUACUUAAGGAAUUCAGUAGUUAUCUUGAUGCAGUCAAGUACGUCAUGGAUACUUGGUUGGUUCCUUACAAGGACAAAUUUGUGGCGGCAUGGACAGACACGUGUAUGCAUUGUAGCAAUGCAUCAUUUGAGAAAAUACACAGUCUGCUUGAGUUGCAACACACUGAUAUCAAGGCUUCAUUUGAGAAAAGUCUAACGGUUGUGCAAUAUCAAUUUAAACCUUCUCAGUUCAGGGAGCUACAGGGUAAUGUGUCUAUCUCUGUAUUGGAGUAUUUGCUUGUAGAGAGUAAGAGCGCCAAUUCCAUUGGUAUUGAUGUUGAAGCUUGUGGAUGCGUCCUUCGCCACACUCAUGGUUUACCUUGUGCCUAUGAGAUUGCUGACUACAUCAGACAAGAUCGUCCUAUACCACUUGCUACCAUACACUCACAGUGGAGGCAACUUCAUAUCUCCGUAUGCAACAAAGAAGACGAAACAGAGAUGACUUGUCAUACAGAAGUAGAGUUGCUUGUGAACAAGUUUGAUGAAAGUGAUAGAACCAUGCGGUUGGAGCUUUUGAAGAAGUUGAAAGAGAUUGUAUAUCCGGGAAGCACUUUUCUUGUUGAGCUGGAGGUGAAGCCCAAAACACGUCCUCGGGAUCAUAAGAAGAUCAAUGUUUCUACCCGUCGUGACCCGUGUGCAUUUGAGUUUGUGCAAUCUAGACAUGAUUCCUUCUCACCUAGGGACACUCAAAUCACUACAUUAGUUUCUACUCUGCAAACCAAGAAGAAACGACCUGUUAAGGGAAAGGAGAAGGUGAAUCCGAAAGGGAAGGUAUAUAUUACUAGAACAGUGAAACCUGGUGCAUAUGUUGAUGCUUUCCCUUCUGGGUUGAAACCAUACAUUAAGUUUGUCAAUGAUGUAGCUGCAGAUGGGAAUUGUGGUUUCAGGGCUAUAGCUGCUUCAAUUGGUCAUACAGAAGAUGAUUGGGCUCAGGUUAGGCGUGACCUAUUGGGUGAGCUGCACACACACAAAGAGGAAUACAUUACUUUAUGGGUCCUACGAAAAAGGUUUGAAGAAUUGACAAACCCAGGAUGUAUCUUGCUUGUGAGAGGAGUGGCCAAUAUAGAGCAACAAAGAAGUUAA